AUGAAUUAAAAGAAUGAUACUAAUAUCAAAUGCCCAAAUUCAGAACAUGUCAAUAAUGUAAAAUUAGUAUGUUUUAAUGAAUCUUGUAAAGCAGAUAGAUUAUAAUGCAUUUAAUGUAUAUAAAAUGGAAUUCAUGUUUCUCAUGUUUAACAUUAAUAAGAUUUACCAUUUUUGUUUGAUCAUAUUUUAAAUAUUGAAAAACUAUGUGAAGACUUAAUUAUAGAUUUGAAUAAAUAAAUGGAUAUGGCUUAUUAAUAAUUCUAUUUAUUGAUUGGAGGAAUUAGAUCAAAAUAUCAGAAAUCUAAAUAAUAAUUCCUUAACUUAGAUUCUAAAUAAAUGAAUUCUUUCUUUGCACAAAGUAUUUAAUUCAAAUCAUUUGAAUAAACAAACUUAAUAUUAAUCAAAUAAUCAAUAAAAGAUUUUCAAGAUUCUAUUGUAAAAUUAUUAUCUGAUUUAAAAUUAACUGAAUUAAAUUAUUAUCAAAUAUCUAAUUUAGAUAUUAAUAAAUCAGAACAAUUAUAUAAAAAAGGUAAUAAAUCUAUUAAAUUAGGUUAUAAACUAUAUUGGGAUGAUGAUAAUUAUAAAGAGGCAAUUAAAAUAUUUGAUUAAUCAUUAAUUUUUAAUCCAAAACAUUCUCUUUCAUUAUGGUGUAAAGGUAUGAUUAUUAUUUAAUGUGUUAGCGGAGAGUUUAAGGAUGCUUGGUUAAUACAAUGAAGCACUCAUUUGGGCAGAUAAAGCAUUGUAAAUAGAUCCAAAACAUUGUUUUUCAUUAUAUUGUAAAGGUAUGAUUAUUAUUUAAUGUGUUAGCGGAGAGUUUAAGGAUGCUUGGUUAAUACAAUGAAGCAAUCAUUUGGGCAGAUAAAGCAUUGUAAGUAGAUCCAAAACAUUGU